AUGCUUAGAUCAGCCACACGCACACAAUUUUCUAGGAUUCUUCCUCGUGCCACCCCGCAACCUCUCGUCUGGGGCGGCAAGAGCGUUUUGCGCUCAUACGCAACAGGCGCUGAUCCAUACGAUGUAGUUAUUAUCGGUGGUGGCCCGGGUGGCUACGUCGCUGCGAUCAGAGCAGGCCAAGAGGGUCUCCGUACCGCUUGCAUUGAAAGUCGCGGAAGUCUCGGUGGUACUUGUUUAAAUGUUGGAUGUAUCCCUUCAAAGGCUCUGCUUAACAACUCGCACCACUACGAGGCAGCUCACCACGACAUGAAGCACCGUGGUGUUGACAUUGGAAACGUAUCACUCAACCUCGACACAAUGAUGAAGGCAAAGGACACCUCCGUCACUGGCCUCACCAAGGGUGUCGAAGGUCUUCUCAAGAAGAACAAGGUCGAUUACAUUAAGGGUACCGGUAGCUUCAACUCUCCAAACAAGAUCGAUGUUAACCUCCUUGACGGUGGCGAGACUCAAGUCGAAGCAAAGAACGUCAUUAUCGCAACUGGUUCAGAAGUUACGCCAUUCCCAGGACAAGGUUUGGAGAUUGAUGAGAAGCAAGUCAUCUCAUCAACCGGUGCAUUGGAUCUUCCAAAGGUACCAAAGAAGAUGGUUGUCAUCGGUGGUGGUAUCAUUGGUUUGGAAUUGGGUUCAGUUUGGAGAAGAUUGGGUGCUGAGGUCACUGUUGUCGAAUUCAUGGGCUCAGUCGGUGCCGGUAUGGAUGGUGAAAUUGCAAAGAACUUCCAAAAGAUACUCGCAAAGCAAGGUGUUGAAUUCAAGGUCAAUACCAAGGUUGUCUCUGCUGAGAAACACGCCGACGGCGUCAAGUUGAACGUUGAGGGUGUCAAGGAUGGCAAGAGUGAGGCCAUCGACGCUGAAGUUGUUCUCUGCUCGAUUGGUCGUAGACCAGUCACUCGUAACCUCGGUUUGGACAAGAUUGGAAUCGAGCUCGACAACAAAGGCAGAAUUCCAGUCGACGGACAAUACAACACAUCAGUACCAGGUGUCAAGUGUAUCGGAGAUGUUACAUUCGGACCUAUGCUUGCUCACAAGGCUGAGGAAGAGGGAAUUGCAGCAGUUGAGAUAAUCAAGCACGGUCACGGUCACGUCAACUACGAUGUCAUCCCAUCAGUUAUUUACACUUACCCAGAAGUCGCCUGGGUUGGUCGUAACGAAGAGCAAUUGAAGGAGGCUGGCGUCAAUUACAAGGUUGGAAAGUUCCCAUUCUUGGCCAACUCACGUGCCAAGACCAACAUGGACACUGAAGGUACUGUCAAGUUCAUCAUCGAAGCUGAUACCUAUGAAAUACUUGGUGUGCACAUCAUUGGACCAAACGCAGGUGAAAUGAUUGCAUCAGCAGCUCUUGCUAUGGAGUACAAGGCAUCGGCUGAAGAUGUUGCUCGUACUUGUCACGCUCACCCAACACUCUCUGAGGCAUUCAAGGAGGCUGCACUUGCGUCAUACUCUAAACCAAUUCAGUGGGUGUCUUUAUUUUUGUGGUGGUGUAUCACUGACAUACUUUUAGCUUCUAAACAAAUUGAAAAUUCUGUACAAAACGAUAAUAUAGAUAAUACUAUGAGUUUGUGA